GCCGGCCCCGCCCCGCGGCUCCGGUUUCAGCCGCUGCUACAGGGACCCCCAAGAUGGAAACGCAGGGGCUGCCCGCCGCGGAGGCGGCCCGGGCCCGGCCCGGCGCCCAACAUGGCGGCCCCGCCGCGCCGCCCGCCGCCCCGCGCCGCCCGCCGCCGCCGCCCGACUGGGAGCCGGCGGCCGCCGCCGCCUCCUCCUCCUCCGCCGCCAGCACCGCCGCGUCGGGCCUCUACGUGAGCUUCCCGGUGCUGCUGGUGGAGGAGAAGCCGGAGCCCGGCGCCAGCCCGGCGCCCAGCCCCUGCGCGCCGCCGGCGGGGCCCGCGCCCGACAGCGACGGGCUCCUGCUCGUCUUCAACGUGGUGCGCGGCGCGGCCGAGGCCGGCCCGGGCGCCGGCGAAGCGGGGCGCGCCCAGCCCGGCCCGCCGCCCGCCGAGCCGCCGGAGGAGGCCCCCGGCUCGGCGGCGCCGCCGCCGCCGCCUCCUCCCCCGCCGCCGCCGCCGCUGCCCCCCGCCGGCGGCGAUGGCGAUGGCGGCGGGGCGGAGGACGGCUCCUUCUCGGGGACCAUCACCAUCAACAACCAGAGCCUGGUGGUGCGCAUCGAGAACGGCGUCCUGACGCUGGGGCCCGGCGCCGAGCAGGCCGCGGGCGCCGCGCCGCCGCCGCCCGCCCCGCCGCCGCCGCCGCCGCCCGCCGCCGCCGCCAGCCCCGCCGAGCCGCCGGGCGGGCCGCGGCCGCGCUCUCCGCCGGCCUUCCCCUGCCCGGAGCCGCGCUGCGGUGAGGCCUUCCCCCGCAAGCAGCAGCUGCGGCUGCACCGCCUCUCGGCGCACGGCGGCGGCGGCGGCGGGGAGGACGGCCGGGGAGCGGCGGCGGCGGCGCGGCCCUUCGGCUGCCCGGUGCCGGGCUGCGCCUGGUCCUUCGCCACGGCCUACAAGCUGCGGCGGCACCUGCACUCGCACGACAAGCUGCGGCCCUUCGCCUGCGCCGCGCCGGGCUGCGCCAAGCGCUUCACCACCGUCUACAACCUGCGGGCCCACAGCCGCGCCCACGAGCAGGAGGCGGCGCACAAGUGCGAGGCGUGCGGGCAGCGCUUCCCCAGCGCCGCCCGCCUCGCCGCCCACCGCCGCCGCAGCCACCAGGAGCCCGAGCGGCCCUACCGCUGCGACUUCCCCGGCUGUGAAAGAACGUUUAUUACAGUGAGUGCGUUAUUCUCCCAUAAUCGAGCCCACUACAGAGAGCAAGAGCAGUUCUCCUGUUCGUUCCCUGGCUGUAACAAGCAGUAUGACAAAGCCUGCCGACUGAAAAUCCACAUGAGGAGUCACACAGGUGAAAGGCCUUUCAUCUGUGACUUUGAAGGUUGUGGCUGGUCUUUCACCAGUAUGUCCAAGCUGCUGAGACAUAAAAGGAAACACGAAGAUGACAGGAGAUUUAUGUGCCCAGUAGAAGGCUGUGGGAAGUCCUUCACAAGAGCAGAACACUUGAAAGGCCACAGUAUAACUCACCUUGGUACAAAACCAUUCGAGUGUCCAGUAGAAGGCUGUUGUGCAAAAUUUUCAGCACGAAGUAGCCUGUAUAUUCACUCCAAAAAGCAUCUUCAGGAUGUGGACUCAUUAAAGACUCGUUGCCCUGUAUCCAGCUGUAAUAAAUUGUUCACUUCCAAACACAGUAUGAAGACACACAUGGUCAAACAGCAUAACUUCAGCCCAGAUCUCCUAACUCAGCUUGAAGCAACCAGCUCGCUCACACCCAGCAGUGAACUCACUAGUCCGGGACAGAGCGAUCUCAGCAACAUAGACCUUGUAUCCCUCUUCUCCAACGUGUCUAGUAACAAUUCUGGAAUUGCAACAGACAUGGCGCUAGUGAACUCUGGAAUUGUCACGAUUGAUGUUGCUUCGGUGGGCUCAACGCUUGGAGGAAACCUACCUGUCAGUAACAAUUCUUUAAGCCAGGCAGUCGAUCCCUUGAUACUGGUGGCUAGCAGCGAUAUGCCGCAAAGUUUGGACAGUUCUCUCUUGCUGGGAACCAGUGCAACAGUUCUACAGCAAAGCACUUUAAAUUUGGAUGACGUACAGACUGUCAAUGCAGAAGCCUUGGGUUCGCUAGCAUCCCUGUCGGUGAGGAAUUCCGGUCAAGAUGUGCACGGUUUGACGUCCAGCAAUAAUUUAACAAUCGACACAGCCACUUUGACUCCUUCUAGUAGCCUCGGCGGUACCAAUGUGCCUGAGUUACUAACGCCAACUAAAGUUGAACGUAAUUUGCUUCCUAGCUCGGACGUUGUUAGUCAACAAGAGGGCAGCAAAGUAGUGACGCAGUUCGUCUUCUCCAACCCUCCAGGGAGCUACAGUGCACAGAAAGAAAUGGAUCUUGGCACAGUGACUGGCAGCUCAUUUUUGGAGAGCAGUGGGUCUGCAAGAACAGACUACAGAGCCAUUCAGCUAGCCAAGAAAAGAAAACAAAAAGGGAAUGGGAGCAGCACAGGGGCAUCUGGCUCUGGUCAGAGGAAAACCAAGGGUGGUAAAGUAAGCCCUACCAACUUCUCAUCAUCCACUCCUGGCAGUCGGCUGGGUGGCAACAUAGUUUUGCCAAAUGGAGGGCUGACAAUAAGGGACCCUGCCACUGGAGCCCAGUAUGUGCAAAUUCAGCUUCUUCAGGAUGAUUCCCCGGGAGAGGGAGAUUUGCCCUUUCAACUGAGCUCUCAGUCCUCCUCAUCACAUUCUCAGCUUACAGUGGAUUUACCUGUUCACAUACUUCAGGAACCACACAAUUCCACUGAAGAUGAUGCAGGUUCUGAUAACUCUCAGUUCACUGGAAGCACAAUAAACUUACAGGAUCUGGAAUGACCAUUAUUAAGAACAGUUACUUGAAAACAAAUUGGGCAAUCAUGUCUUGACAGAGUGAGAUAACUGUGUGGGUCUUUCUCCAAGGAAAACAGGAAAACUAGGAGUACUGGAUUAUGGUUGCACUCUUUGCAAUUUGCUAAGGACAGUUGCAGCUGAAAGAUUUUCUUAAAAAAAAAAUGUAAAUCCCACUUGAUGUGCCUGUGUAAGAUACCCUGUCUGCCUGGUGUUGGAGAGACUGAGGCAGACUGCUGUACAGUGUUGUUUCAGGGAGAAGUACUGUAUUAAACUUCAAACUGAGGUAAUAUUUACUGUUUUCACAGGAAAGCAAGUAUUCUACAGCUAACAAGUACAAAUUUACAAUUCUGCCUAUGACAGUUAAAACUUUCCUUCCAUUGGUCUCCUGCUGGAGCCAGUGACAUUGAGGAAUUAAGAGCUAAAAUUUGGAAGUGUUUUCCACACACACAAAAAAAUAAUUUUUCGGCCCCUGUGUUUUGGCAGAAAACUGGAAUGUAAUACGUAACAAAAUUAAUGUCCUAUGCCAUGAAAAUGAGAUGCUCUAAAAUCUUUUUUUAGAAAGCUAGACUCUAAAUGUUAACUUAGCUGUGAAUCAGUUUGUAGCUCAUGUUGAGUUUCUCCCUUUCCUUGCUCCUGUGUCCCAAAUACUUUGCUGAAUUCUUCCAGCAAAACUUGAAGAAGAAAACUGCAAUAGAUCUGUACUCACUGUAAGUGAUUAGCUAAGAGUCCAACAGCAUCUGAGAGAGGUUUGUUUUAUGUUUGUGUUCCCUUUUUUGGGAGGAAUGUUGACUGUCACGUAAAUUUAAGCACCUUGAUUUUAUCUCAUCUAUAAACUGCUGCCAAGUUACCUGUAAACUGGCCACUACCUUUUUAUUUUGGGUUGUUUUGUUUUUUUUCAAUUGAACACUGUUAACACUUGUUCUUUAUUGAUAUCCUAGAGUAUCACAUGCACGUGGAGCUUCCAGCUGGUUUACAGAAUAAGCAGUUGUCAGAGUAUUUUAUGAGGGAAGAAGAAUUGUUACCUAGGAAGAUUUGCCCCACUGAAAAACGGCAGUUUCUCUUGGGGGCGGGAGGAGAGGUUAUACGUACUGUACUUAUCUGGAUUGCAGACACCUAAAUAAGUAUAGGGUUGUAUAGGAAAAAAAAAAACAAACAUGCUUUGGUUACAUUUUACGGUAGUAAUUUAAAUGUUUCUUAUGGUGAUGUACUGAAUGCCUGUAAAAUUAUGUAUAGGAGUUUGAUAAAAGGGUGUAUGUACUGUUUUUUAUUCUCAAUGAGGUGUGUGUGUAUGCACGUAUGUGUAUUUUUUUUACGAAAUAAGAUAUGUCAUGCAGGAGAACGUUGUGAUCUUUCUAAUCUUGCACAUAUUUAUUUAUUUUACAGUUAUACUGAUGUUGAAUUCACACGAGGUCAUUCAGAAAUGCUUUUACUUCCUGUGCCUUUUGAACUAUGUAUGUGUCCAGAUAAAUGCUUUUUUUGGUUGAAGACUUGGGGAGAAAAAAAGCAUACAGGUUACAUUCAACUUCAGAUCCUGAUUUGUAGGCAGUAUUAUAUCCUCUGGUUGAACCAGUUUUAUUUUUCUAUCUUUAGCUGAACUGAGCAUUGAGGUCUUUCUGUUCCUCUCAUCCUGAGUUUACAGCUUAUGUCCAGGGAAUCUCUUAACCCUCUCAGGUUGGGUUUUCAAACCAAACUAAUUGGUAGAUGAGAUCUUCUACCUGAUGGCUGUGACUGCAGCAUGGAAUCCACUCCUGAGAGGUAGAAAGGUUGAGGAGGCAUCAUGCCGAAGGGACUACUGGGUCUUGCUCUAGUGGUCACCAUGCUCUCCCUGGAAGCUGAGACACUUUGAGCUCCAAAUGCCUGCAUUAUUCUGUUCUCAAGGACCAUACCAGUUCUUAAUCUAUUAAAAUGGCCAAGGAACACUCCAUCUUUUUAUGGGACUUGCAACCAAAUCUUUCUACUUCUGAAAAUGUACCUCACUCACUCAGCUUUGUAAGUGAAUGUAAAGUGCUAACCUCUUGGGGCCGAAAAUGGGAUCACUUGGCUUGAACUCCAUUGCUGGCAAUGGAUACCUGAAGAACUGCUGGUGCAAAAGGGUUAAUAAAGCUUUUUUUUUAUCGUC